AUGAUAAGUGGGCGAACAUUCAUCCAACCCCCACUCUCUCGCAGAGGAACCGGCCCAGGUCUCAUCCUCAUAGUAGACCAAGAAGAACUCCAAACAACAACACUUCCUCAGAAUAACAAGACCCUCGAUCCGCCACCGUUCAAAAAGUGGGCUGAAGAAGGCUUUGCUGUAGCUCAAGUACUGAUCUAUGGGCCGCCUCCUGAGAUGCUCAUUACCAAUGCGAUUGGAUGGUUGAAAAGUGAAAGUUCUUAUGGAUUAGAGCUUGGAUUAGGAUGGGGAGUAAUAUCUUAUGGCGUAGACCCAAUGCCUCUUCUCCAGAAACUUGACCAAAAAACGAAGAACUUGAUCAAGGCCGUAGUAGCCUACGACACCCCCAUCUCCACCCCUAGCCCCGAUUUCAACCCACCAAUACUCACCCACCACGGUAACAGCAAAUCCGCCACCACCAACUCAACCAACACCAAAAAGCACCACACCUACCCCUCCGCUCUCCCUAACUUCGUCCUCCCUUCUCACGCAAACCACCACCCCUCCUCCGCCGCCCUCUCCCACACCCGCACCCUCUCCUUCCUCAAACCCCUCCUGCACGGCCCCUACUUCGACCUCGAAGCCAUCUGGGACGAACACACGCUCUACGAAUUCAGCGAACGCUCCGUCUCAAAAACAAUGGCGACGAUGGUCGACGAACCCUACGUGAACCACAUCCCCACGAUGAUGGGGGGCGUGGGGCGGGCGAGCCUAACAGCCUUCUACCGCGACCAUUUUAUCUUCAGUAACCCGGACGACACGAGACUCGAGCUGGUGAGUCGGACCGUGGGGGUGGAUCGGGUGAUUGAUGAGUUCAUGUUUGUGUGUACGCAUGAUAGGGCUGUGGAUUGGCUAUUGCCGGGUGUGCCAUCAACUGGGAGACUGCUCAAUGUUCCCAUGACGAGCGUCGUGAAUAUUCGCGGCGAUCGGGUGUAUCAUGAGCAUAUUGCUUGGGACCAAGCUACGGUGUUGGUCCAGCUCGGUCUGUUGCCGGACUAUCUUCCGUUCCCGUAUCCAAUCGACGGGAGGCUGGCUAAGCCCGGGAAGAGGUUUGAAAUAAAAGUGCCGGCAGCAGGGCAUGAAGUAGCAAAGAAGUUGGCGGACGAGAGUGCGGUUCGGUCGAAUGGCAUGAUUGAGAACGGGAUCAGGGAAGUGUUUGAUACAUAG